UGCAUCUGCAUGAAUUGUGCUCGUGACAUUAUAAAAUUCACAAAUUACAGAGUCUUAUAAACGUGUGGAGAGGCAGGAAUACAAAAGUGUGGGCAGUGUUGUUUUGUAUUUCUCAUUUCAGAAGAAUCUUAAAUAUGAAAGUGAGACUUCGUCGAUGUGUUGGUGUGGUGUUACUCCUACUACUCUUCGUCACUGGUGGACUGUCCAACAGACAUGGUUCAACGCGACGUGGAAACAGAAGAAGCGCUACUCGGAGGGGCGGGUCCGGAGGCAACCAGGAUCUUAUGCAUCUGCUGAGUUUAAUACAGAGUCAGCUAGACGACGGCGACGCCAUCAACCUGACGCCGGUACCGCCGACACAGGAAGAGGUCCAGUGCCACGUCACUGUACAACAGACUGUGCACAUUGGUGGACGGUGCGUGUUUCUGGGUUCACAGUACCACCCUGCCUGUCAGUCGGGACCGCACCUAGACCCGUUCAACGACGAGUGUCGUCUGCGACGUCUAAACAACACCAUGCGCACGGAUCGACGCGGUUCCGGCUAGAUAGCCAACGUAACAGACUUUAAACAAAGUAAUUCGCACGAUCGCCGCCAUGUUGACUUUGAAAUACAGGUAGAAGAUGUCUAUUGAUCUGUUAUGUUUGUUGAUGGACACCACGCGGUUCACUGCAUUAUCACCGUACUGUUACGGGUAGCAGACGAUGUGUUUUAGAUAGUAUUUAAUGUUAUGUUUGUUAGAAAUUCUAAUAAACGCACACGAUUUUAUGCUUUAUUGAUCUUUGUUUACCCCAAAAAUUGUUUUAAUAUACAAGUAAAUAAAAUAAAUACGUCUUUA